UCAGGUUCAUUUCCUGGAAGACUCCGUCUGACUGCAGAAGUCCGCCUCCACCUCCCACCACCAUCUCCUGAUCUCAGUCCCCUCCCUGACUGAACCAAGAAUCCACCCCGAGAGAGAGGUCGGAGGGUAGAGAGACAUAAAGGCAGGUCAGACUGAGACAAACGUCCGUCUGUGAAACAGAAGAAUAAACAGCGACAGCAGAGGCUUCAACACCCGUUAAUAACAUGGACAUCCAGAUAGCAAAGACCACUCAAAGUCUCACCACUGCAGCAGAGAUGCGGGAAACCACUAAGAUGCUAAUGAAGCCCAAUGCAAACUGGGAGGAGUACCUGACUCCUGCUCCCCUCUCUAUCGCCAUCAUGGCGGAACUCGUCUUCAUCUCCCGCUGUGAUGACUUCUCUAUCAACAAGAACCCCCCAAAAGAUGGCUUCAAGUUCAUUAAGUACCCAGAGUCCUUCAGAGCCUGUCUUAUGCAGGUCUGUAACUCGGGCUGGCACGCAUUCAACGAGGCCCACAAGAACAUGGAUCAGAUCCGCAUUCACACGAGCACAGUUCCUGAUUACAUGAAGGCUGCAGUCAACAUUCUGUUCAAUGGCACUGAUGAAGUUAUUGAAAAUCUCCUGCCAAAUCAACUGGAAAACAUUCGCACCAUUGCAGACGAGUGUGUGACACUAGCAGACAGUGUUGAAAAGAAGUAUGCUGAUGUUAUCAAUUUAAUCCAGGAGCUGUUGGAGGCCUGUAUCAAUGCUGAACACUUUUAUGGAGAAGAACUGGAAAGGGUUAAGAUGAAACUGGAGGAAACCAAACUGAGGGAGCAGAGUGCAAGACAGCUGAAUGACCGGUCCAAGAAAGUGAUGGAGGACAUGUCAAAGCAGGUGGAAGAAGCACAAAACACCUACAAGAAAGCCAUGGAUUCUCUUCCCUCUGGGUGGGAAAUGAUCGGCAUGGAUUUUGUUGAAUCAGUCUCAUCAGCGCUGACAGUAUUCAUCAAUGGAUGCGCUGCUUAUGCCUCAGCUCGUUAUUUCAAUGUACCAUUUGGAUCAAGUAAGUUAUUCUCUCAAGCAACCACCAACCAAAACAUCUGUGAUGAAACAGAGGAUGAGAUCACACAAAUGAAAGCAUACAGCAAGUCUGCAGAGAUUCUGAAGCUUGCAGCAUCUCUCAAACAACAUGUGAGUGACAGUGAAAUAGACUGGAAGAACCUGUAUGAUCAGAAGAAUAAAAGCAUGAAGACUGCAUGGACUGAGGAACAAUUCAAAAGGAUCUCUGAGGAACUGCAGAAGAUGCCAAAUGACAACAUGUGUAAGAUCGCUCUGUCACUCUGUGAAAGAGGCAUUACCAUCUGUGAGGAGCUGGCAACAUAUACUCCAGAUCAGACAUGGGAUGAGAAGAAAACUAAACAGCUGAUAAAGGACAUUCAGGAGUUGAAUGAUGGCGCCCUCACUUUUGACACUAAGAGCAAAGCAGCUUCAGGUACUCCAGCUCUUACCCCCAAACCACCGAUGAUGUUCAAAGCAGACAACAGCUCAGGAGGAAAGUCUGCUGGUCAGAGAGCAUCUGAGGAUGCUCGUUUCCGCAUCGAGCAGAGCCAAGCACAACUCAAACACGUACGACAGUCAUAUGAGAAGUGUGUGGAGAACAUGGAGAAGAAUCAGAAGGAGCUGACUGACAUCCUGGUUGAGAUGCAGAACUGCAAAAUCAAUGAGAUCGACUUUGAUACCAAAAUCAAAAUGCUGGUCAAAGGUCUCGAUGCCAUGGGCAGAGUCAAAGAGCAGUGGGAGAAGAUGGUGCUGUUCUUCCAGAUGGUCUCCAACAUCGUCAAAACCAGCCUCAGCAAGACAAUGCACAAUUUUGUCAAGACAUCUGAAGACACCAAGAAGCUUUCUUACAAUGGAAAGCUCUUUGCAAAAGACCUCCUGUACAACCAGGCCUUUCAAGCCUCCAACAUUGCCAGCCUGGUCCACGUGAUCUCAGAGACCUACACUGAAGUGUCCAACAAGUACCUGAUGGACAGAGUGAGCAGCCUGGGUAAGCUCAUGGCCAUGGAUAAGGAGAAACCAGAGUUCCUUCAAGAGCGUCUGAAUCUGCAGGAGUCCUGUCAGGAAGCUCAGAGAGGGAUUCUGCAGCUGGUCCUGAAGAACAAGAAAGAAUUUGAGAUAAAGACCGAUGCCAGGAUGAAGAAAAUAGAGGGUGAACUGAAGGCCAUUCUUCCAGCUGCUCCACCUGAGGAGACUGAGAGAAUCAAAGAGAUCGUUCAGGACGGCUUCAGUAAAGAUGAAGAGGAGAGUUACUACUGAUUCAAAAUAACUGUUCUUCACAUCAGAUGAAAACAGUGUGUAGGUAUCUAGAUAAUCAAGUUAUAGUCAGAAGCUUCACAUGCAUGUUGUUAACAAGUAAUCUACUCUGUGUGAUAAUGUUGACCUGAGCAAUGAACCACGGUAAUCCUGUUCAAUGAUUAUGUUCAUGUAAUGCAUGUCUUACUGGAGAGAGUAGAGAAAUAUUCUCACAGCCACUUCAUGAGGUACACCUCAGUAGCCUUAACUCUUCGUGACAUAGAUUCAACAAGGUCCUUGAAACAUUCCUCAGAAAUUUUGGCACAUUGACAUGAAAACUAGUGAACCCUGAAACCCUAGAGUUGGUUUUGCUGGAAAAUCCCAGUUGAUCAACAGUUUCUGCAAAACUCAGACCAGCCCACCUGGCACCAACAACCAUGCCGUGUUCAAAGUCACUUAUAUCACCUUUCUUCCCCAUUCUCAUGCUCGGUUUGAACUUCAGCAGGUUGUCUUGACCAUGUCUACAUGCUUAAAUGCAGUGAGUUGCAGCCAUGUGAUUGGCUGAUUAGAUAUUUGCCCUAAUGAGUGGCUGAACAGGUGUACCUAAUAAAGUGGGCAGUAAGUGUUGAAAAGUAUAAUCAGAGCUAUAGAUGUGUUUGUGUGUCUACAGAGAUAGAUCUUAGAAAUGAUGAUUGUCAUGUCUAAUCUAACCACGUUACCCCUGCACAGUAAAACCAUUCAGACGAUGAAUUAUGAGGUCUGGGAUCCACCCUUUUAGGUAGCAAAAUUAUAGUGAAAAUAUAUAUUGCACAAUUAUGAGUAAUUGCCAACAGUACACCGCCUCCACCUACUGGCAACAUUGGUACGUAUGGGAUUUUGAAGAUGCAGUGGCUGAGUUGUUACUGGCCAUCACAAAUUAAUAAAAAUAUUAUUAUAGAAAAAUAUAAAAAAUAUAUUAGAGGAACAAACAGCCUAUUCAUUACGUCAAUUUUACAAGAUUUACUGCCUGACCUAAUCAAAACACUGUAAACACAAACAAACAGAGAAUAUGAUCAACAACAUGUUCAACAUCACCUGUGAGAGGUGAACUUGCUGUGGUAAGGAAACGUUGAUGCAGAGUUGGUUUCCAUCAUGGCGUAAACCCGUAACUUCACAAUGAAUGAAGAGUUAUUAUGAACCACAGCAGUUAUAAGAACGUCAAUGUGUGUGAGCAGAGCAGAUAUUAAAAGUCAUAAUGACACAAAAUAAACAGAAAAUAAUUCUCACUUUUCUGACAUUCAAUGAAAAAUGUUGUUUAUAGAUGAACCGUGCUAAUGAAAUGAAAUAAAUACAAGAUCAUUCAUAACAUGUGUCCUUGAAACAAGAGUGAGGAAGAUAAAACAUUUACUUUAUGAAUAUUCAGGAACAUGUAUUAUUCUUUUACCAAUAACCAAACUCUGCACUCAGUCUGACUGUUCAACCUUUAAUAAAACCUUCAUCAGUUCA